GGCCGGACGUUGGGAGCGCGGAGGAGGAAGGCGACAAAAUGGCGUCGACGGAUUAUAGCACCUAUAGCCAAGCUGCAGCCCAGCAGGGCUACAGCGCCUACGCACCUCAGCCAGCGCAAGGAUACGCACAGACCACUCAGACCUACGGGCAGCAGAGCUACGGGACCUACGGGCAGCCCACCGACGUCAGCUACACACAGCCCCAGACCACCGCCACCUAUGGGCAGACUGCCUACGCCACCUCCUACGGGCAGCCUCCUGCCGGUUACACCACCCCGACUGCCCCCCCAGCGUACAGCCAGCCCGUGCAGGGCUACGGCACAGCCGCCUACGACACCAGCACCGCCACGGUCACCACCACCCAGGCUUCCUACGCCGCGCCGGCCGCUUACGGCACCCAGCCCGCGUACCCUGCCUACAGCCAGCAGCCCGCAGCCUCCGCCCCCACCAGACCCCCGGAUGGCAGCAAACCAGCAGAGACCAGCCAGCCCCAGUCCAGUACAACAGGCUACAGCCAGCCCAGCCUGGGCUACGGGCAGAGCAACUACAGCUACCCCCAGGUGCCUGCCAGCUACCCCAUGCAGCCGGUGGCUGCGCCACCAGCCUACCCUCCCACCAGCUAUCCCUCCACACAGCCCAGCAGCUACGACCAGAGCACUUAUUCGCAGCAGAGCACCUAUGGGCAGCAGAGCAGCUAUGGGCAACAGACCAGCUAUGGGCAGCAGAGCAGCUACGGGCAGCAGCCUCCACCAACCACUUACCCACCGCAGACAGGAUCCUACAGCCAGGCCCCGAGCCAGUACAACCAGCAGAGCAGCAGUUAUGGCCAGCAGAGUUCCUUCCGCCAGGACCAUCCCAGCAGCAUGAAUGUGUAUGGACAGGAGUCUGGAGGCUUCUCGGGCCCAGGAGAGAAUCGGAGCUUGGGCGGCCCCGAAAGCCGGGGCAGGGGCAGAGGGGGAUAUGAUCGAGGAGGCAUGAGCAGAGGUGGGCGGGGAGGAGGACGCGGUGGAAUGGGCAGCGCUGGAGAGCGAGGUGGCUUCAAUAAGCCUGGUGGACACAUGGAGGAAGGACCGGACCUGGAUUUAGGCCCACCCAUGGAUCCAGAUGAAGACUCAGACAACAGCUCAGUGUACGUGCAGGGACUGGGUGACAAUGUGACCCUGGAGGAUCUGGUAGACUUCUUCAAGCAGUGUGGUGUUGUCAAGGUGAACAAGAGGACUGGGCAGCCCAUGAUAAACCUCUACAUUGACAAAGAAACUGGCAAACCCAAAGGAGAUGCCACCGUGUCCUAUGAUGACCCCUCGACUGCCAAGACGGCCGUGGAGUGGUUUGAUGGGAAGGAUUUCCAGGGCAGCAAGCUGAAGGUGACCUUGGCACGGAAGAAGGGCCCCAUGAACAGCAUGAGGGGUGGGCUGCCCCCCCGGGAGCAGCGGGGAAUGCCCCCCCCUCUCCGAGGAGGGGGACCCAGUGGCCCAGGGGGUCCCGGCGGCCCGAGUGGCCCCAUGGGGCGGAUGGGAGGCAGAGGAGCAGACAGAGGAGGCUUCUCCUCACGGGGACCACGAGGAUCCCGGGGGAACCCCUCUGGGGGGAGCGUCCAGCACCGAGCUGGCGACUGGCAGUGUCCCAACCCGGGCUGUGGAAACCAGAACUUCGCCUGGAGAACGGAGUGCAACCAGUGCAAGGCUCCGAAACCAGAAGGGUUUCUGCCACCCCCAUUCCCCCCUCCAGGUGGUGACCGCAACCGAGGUGGCCCCGGGGGGAUGAGAGGUGGCCGAGGAGGUGGCCUGAUGGACCGCGGGGGACCCGGCGGCAUGUUCCGAGGAGGCCGUGGUGGAGACCGAGGGGGAUUCAGAGGGGGCCGUGGCAUGGACCGAGGAGGCUACGGAGGAGGUGGCCGGCGAGGAGGAGGAGGAGGACCUGGGGGACCCCCAGGACCCCUGAUGGAGCAGAUGGGAGGCGGCGGCAGAGGCGGGCGGCGCGGGGGACCUGGCAAGAUGGACAAGGGCGAGCACCGCCAGGAGCGCCGGGACCGGCCCUACUAACGGCAGCCCCUGCAGCUGCCUUUCCUACCAGAUUUAUUUUUUAAACCAGACAAAUGUUUUAAA